AUGUAUCGAGGGAAGAAAAGACCACGACGAAUUGAUAAAGAAGCAAAUAAACUUUAUUUAUCAAAAUCAAUCUCCGAGCACGUCAAUAAUAGUACAACAUUGUCUUCGACAUUAGCAACAACAAGAAUGGUCGAUUUGCCAUCUGAAUCCGUUCAACAAAAAUCAUUAACUACAGCCGCUAAAGUUGGAUUAUUAAUUGAUCAAGACAGGGUAAAAUUUGCUCCACAAUCAGAAGUAUUUAAUGUUCACUCGUUCGAUGAUAAAAGUAUCUAUUGUAUUCACAUGAGAGAUCCGAAGCGUCUAUUUAAAUGUUCAUGCUCAAAUAUGCAACGAUCAUGUUCACAUAUUACAGCGGCGAAAGUAGCAUUAGGUGCGUAUGUAAAUGAAAAACCGACAAAAGUUAAUAUGGAACAAGAAAGAAAACGAAAGAAUAAAGAAGAUAAAAUUGGAGUAGAAGGGAAGAAAAGACCACGACGAACUGUAAAGAAGCAAAUAAAAUUUAUUUAUCAAAAUCAAUCUCCGAGCACGUCACAACAUUGUCUUCGACAUUAG